GCACGAACCACCGUCAUGCCUGGCAUUGUCCGCCAGUCGCAUAACAACUCGACGGUCGCCAUGAAAUCUCUCAAACCCGAUCUGUACCUUAUCGCAAACGAAGAUGCCAUCUACGAACAGGACAUCCUCCGAAAUCCCGGAAGCGUUCGACCAUGGCUCACUUACAUCGACUUCAAGAUGCGCAAUGGCACGAUCCACGAGCAGGCAUUCAUACAGGAGAGGGCAUGCCUACAAUUACCGCGAUCAUACAAGCUGUGGAAAAUGUAUCUGGAGUUCCGGAUCAAACACCUGAAAAAGAAAAACCCGGUCAAAUACAGGGCAGAGUUCAAUAAAGUCAACUCCCUCUUUGAAAGAGCCCUCAUUUUGUUGAACAAGAUGCCUGUCAUUUGGGAGAUGUACCUGAGCUUCCUCUUGCGACAACCCUAUGUCACCAAAACUCGAAGGACCUUUGACCGAGCACUCCGGGCUUUGCCAGCUACGCAACACAACAGAAUUUGGAAGCUCUAUAAAUCCUUUGCCAAUUCAGCCGGAGGAGAAACCGCAGUGAAGAUAUGGGCUCGCUAUGUCCAAGUGCACCCAGAAGACAUGGAAGACUAUAUCGAACUACUCAUCGAAACCGGGCAUUACCUGGAGGCAGUGAAAAGGUACACUCAGAUAUUGAACAACCCCAAGUUCAGGUCCAAGCACAUCAAAAGCGAGUUCCAGCUGUGGAACGAGAUGGUAGAACUCAUGGUCAACAAGGCUCGAGAAAUCGGUGAUAGCUCGGUUUCUGGUUUCGACCCUGAUACCAUUAUCCGAAGCGGCAUAGAACGAUUUGCCGACCAACGCGGAAAACUAUGGGCAGGCCUUGCAACCUACUGGAUCACCCGGGGAGAUUUCGAGAUGGCGAGAGAUGUUUUCGAGGAGGGCAUUACCACCGUGAUGACAGUGCGCGAUUUUACUAUGAUCUUUGACGCGUAUGUCGAGUUCGAAGAAUCUAUAUUGUCCACCCUGAUGGACGCUGCUUCCGCCCGUGCAGCCAAAGGAAUCGUCAACCCUGACAAGGACUUCGAGCUCGAUAUCAAAAUGAUGCGGUUUGAACAUUUGAUGGAUCGCAGACCCUUUCUGGUCAACGACGUCUUGUUACGGCAGAACCCCAAUAAUGUGGUCGAGUGGGAGAAACGGGUUGCUCUAUGGAACGACAACAAGCGAGAAAUUGUCCAGACAUACACAGAUGCAAUCGCAGCAGUCGCACCGAAAAAGGCGGUUGGCAAGUUCCACGAAUUGUGGCUGAACUACGCCAAAUUCUACGAAGAGGCUGGCGAUUUGGACACAGCUCGAAUCAUUCUCGACAAGGCGGUCAAAGUACCAUACAAAUCCGUCGCCGAGCUUGCAGACACGUGGAUUGGCUGGGCUGAGAUGGAGUUGAGGAACGAGAAUUUUGACGGCGCGAUGAAAGUCAUGGCUACAGCCACCAAAGCCCCGAAACGGAGCACGGUCGACUAUUUCGAUGAAACUCUCUCACCGCAGCAACGCGUGCACAAGUCCUGGAAAGUCUGGUCGUUCUAUGUGGACCUUGUCGAAUCGGUGGGCUCGCUGGAUGACACCAGGGCAGUCUAUGACCGCAUCUUCGAACUACGGAUCGCCACCCCACAAACUGUUGUCAAUUAUGCUAACCUUCUCGAAGAGCACGGCUAUUUUGAAGAGUCCUUCAAAGUCUAUGAGCGAGGACUGGACGUGUUUACCUAUCCAGUUGCAUUCGAGUUGUGGAACCUAUACCUGACAAAAGCCGUCGACCGCAAGAUUGGCAUUGAGCGCCUUCGAGACUUGUUCGAACAAGCAGUCGAACAAUGUCCUCCUCAAUUCGCUAAACCGAUCUACCUGAUGUACGGGAGUCUAGAGGAAGAGCGAGGGUUGGCCCGUUCAGCGAUGCGAAUCUACGAACGCGCCACCCGCGCCGUGAGCGACGAAGACCGGCUAUCGAUGUUCGAGUUCUACAUCACCAAAUCGGCCACAAACUUCGGAUUGACAUCUACGCGCCCAAUCUAUGAACGCGCCAUCGCCGCCCUGCCCGAUAAGGAGGCAAAGGCAAUGUGUCUCAAGUUUGCAGAGAUGGAGCGUCGUCUGGGAGAAAUCGAUCGCGCAAGAGCCAUAUACGGUCACGCAUCUCAGUUCGCAGAUCCAAGAGUGGACAAAGGGUUCUGGGAGACGUGGGAGAAAUUCGAGGUGGCUCAUGGAAACGAAGAUACGUUUAAAGAGAUGCUUCGAAUCAAGAGGUCGGUGGCCGCGCAGUUCAACACAGAUGUGGCGUUUAUCGCGAGUCAGGCAAUUGCGAGAGGGCAAGCUGCUGCCGCGGCUGCUGGCGAUGGUGAGGGCGCGGAAGCUGAGCGACGAAACGGGGAGGUGCAAGAUGCCAUGGCCGCAUUGGAGAGACAGGCCAGGGCACCGGUCGGCUUUGUCGCGGCGAGCACAGGACCCGAAGGUGGGAAUCGCGCGCCACCGCCGAAAUCAGUUGAUGGGAUGGACGACAAGCCUGACCAGGGAGUGGCGGCAAACCCGGAUGCCAUCGACGUCGACAUUGACGACGACUGAUACUUCCACGGCCCCGAGGAGAACUUGGUUGUUUUUUUCUUUCUUUUCUUCACAUGGGAAGCUGCGCGAGCUGCGACGAAACAUGGACCAUGAAACAUGAGCGAUUCUUUUGGUACUGGGAGGUUAUUAUUCAUUUUGACAAUGUGAACAAUACUUUGAGCCUGAGGCUUGAUCAGAUUCGGGAUACUUUAGCGGAGGGGAAUAGGCGGAGGAGGCCAUCUUUGAAGCAUCAGCGACGUGUUCUUGGUCUAGUUUAGGGACGUCUCUUCUUCACUCCAGCCCGGUGUAGGCAUCUCAAUCUUGCGCUUGAGCAGCUCGCUCGCUCUCUCAGUUACCUAGUCAAGCAGGCCACAGCCCUUGACUCUGCGAAUGAUGCAGAUUCGUCCUCGUCUGGCUCCAAUGGCAAGGACAGUCGAAGAUUUUAACUUGCCGCUUGUGAAAGACCACGAAGCUGUGCAAAUAAAUGUAUGUCCGAUUCAAU